CCCUUUCUCUCUCCAUCUCUUCUUCGACUUCUUUUUAUCCAUAAGGAUCGGCAAAGUGGCACCUAUCGGAUGUAUGCACCUCUUGGUACCACAUGGUACCGAUAUUAACGCUACGUUCACACCGUAAAAUUCUAACCUUUAAUUUGCUUAGACUCGAUUAAAGCGAUUAGAGGAAGUAGAUUACAUUCAAGUACAGAGACAUAGGAUUGCAAAUGAAAAUAUUCCACUGAGGGAAUAUUUGAUAAAGGCAGAAAUAAAUUACAUGUAUAUGAUAUAUAUAAUUAUAAAAAAUGUUGAAAAAUAUUGUUGUGGGCAUAUCUGGAGGAGUAGAUAGUUCUGUGACAGCAUUGUUACUUAAAAAAAAAGGAUUCAACGUUACGGGUGUCUUUAUGAAAAAUUGGGAUAUAUUAAACGAAAAAGGAGUAUGUCUUGCUGAACAAGAUUAUAAUGAUGCCAAAAAAGUUUGUGAAAAACUUAAUAUUCCAUUAUUUCAAGUCAAUUUUGUCAAGGAGUAUUGGAAUAAUGUUUUUAGCACUCUUCUGGAGAAAUAUCAAUCUGGUUCUACACCAAAUCCUGACAUUAUAUGUAAUAAGAAUAUCAAAUUUGAUCAUUUUAUUCAUCUCGCACAGACUAAAUUUCAUGCAGAUGCAGUGGCAACUGGACAUUAUGUAAGAACUAGUUUUGGAUCUUAUCUUGAAAAUUUUAAACCACAUACUGAUGUCCUUAUGCUAAAAGCAUUAGAUCCUAAUAAAGAUCAAACUUUUUUUUUAUCUCAAGUCUCGCAACAAUCAUUAAGAUAUUGUAUGUUUCCGCUUGGAGAAUAUUUAAAAAAUGACGUAAAAAGAAUUGCUAGAGAAGCUGGAUUAAUUGAAAUAGCUGAAAAAAAAGAGAGCAUGGGUAUAUGCUUCGUUGGUAAGCGUGAAUUUCAACAUUUCAUUUCUGAGUAUAUAGAAAACAAAGAUGGAGAUUUCGUAGAUUUAGAUAAUGGUAAAGUAGUUGGAAAGCAUCAAGGUAUCCAUCAUUGGACCAUUGGACAGAGGUGUAAAAUUUCUGGAUUGACAGAUCCAUAUUUUGUAUUUCAGAAAAACCUUCAAACAAAUAUUAUAACUGUAGUCAAAGGUACAAAUCAUCCAGCUUUAUAUACAGAUCUUUUAGUAACUCAAAAUCCACAUUGGAUUGCUAAUGAACCACCAGAGCUUACAGAUAGCGAACAUAUUUUCAUUUGCGAUUUUCGUUUUCAACAUAGAAAACAACUUAUUGCUUGUAAUGUAUUUAAAACAUUAAGCAAUCAUUUGAUUAUUCAACUUUCGAAACCUUUAAGAGCUGUUACUAUAGGACAAUAUGCUGUUUUAUACUCUGGCCAAUUAUGUUUGGGUAGCGCUGAGAUUACAUAUCCUGGUCCAUCAUAUUUUGCACUUGGUCAAGGAACACUCUGCUAUUAACCGGAUAGACCCUGGUUAGAAGUAUUAAUGAGCUACCAAGAGCUAAUUUAACAGGAGCUUGUUGUCCAC